GUUAGCCUUCUCCUGUCAUAUACACAAAGAUUAGCCUUGAUGGAAGGAGCCGAAGUUCCACCAUAUUUCUUGUGUCCUGUAUCUCUUGAGAUCAUGAGGGAUCCGGUGACCCUCGCCACCGGCAUCACCUAUGACCGGGAGAACAUCGAGAGGUGGAUUUUCUCCCACAACCACGAGAUCUGCCCAGUCACCAAACAGCCACUGCCAAACCUCGACGUCACACCCAACCACACUCUCCGCCGCCUCAUCCAGGCUUGGUGUGCUGCUAAUGCUUCCAACGGCGUCGAGCGCUUCCCGACGCCGCGUCCGCCGGUGGACAUGACCCGGAUCGCUGCUCUGCUCGACGAGGCCCGACUCCCGCAGACUCAAGUGACCGCCCUCGGAAAACUAAAAGCCAUCGUAGCAGAGAGUGAUCGCAACCGACGUUGCGUCGAAAGCUCAGGUGCUGUUGAUGUUUUAGCUUCGAUCAUAGAGAAGAGCGUUUCCAACUCAACAGAUCUCGAAGAAGAAGUCUGCGACGGAGUGGGGUCUUCAAGUGUCACUGAUGAAGCCUUCACCAUAUUGUGCUCUCUCCAACUCUCAGACAAAAGCUUACUCGGUCUACUUCAAAGGGAUGACAACGUCAUUGAAUCGUUAACGAAGGUUUUGGAGCGAUCGAGCUACCCGUCUCGAGCUUACUCGUUGCUGCUCCUCAAAUCUCUUCUCUCCGUUGUCGCUCCAGCCCGUCUAUUGUCCUUGAGGGAAGAGUUGUUCCGAGAGCUCACGAAGGUGUUAAGAGAUCAGAUCUCAUACCAGGCUACGAAGGCAGCACUCCACGCCCUCGGCGCCGUUUGUCCUUGGGGACAGAACAGGCUAAAGGCAGUGCAAGCCGGAGCCGUAAGAGUCCUGAUCGAGCUACUGCUCGACGAGCCAGAGAAGAGGAUGUGCGAGAUGAUCCUGGGGAUUCUACACCAGUUGUGUACGUGCGCGGAAGGGCGAGCCGAGUUGAUCGGGCACGCAGCAGGGAUUGCAGUGGUGUCGAAGAAGAUGCACAGGGUGUCGCAACCAGCAAGCAGGAUGGCAGUGAAGAUUCUGUACACGGUAGCGAAGUCUUCGCCAUCUCUGGCGGUGCUGCAUGAGAUGUUGCAGGUCGGGGCUGUUUCCAAGCUGUGUUUAAUGCUUCAAAUGGACUGCGACAUGAAGGCGAAGGAGAAGAUUCAGGGGAUACUGAGGUUGCACUCCAAGGUUUGGAGGAACUCCCCCUGCUUAAUCCCUCGCUUGCGGGCUUCCUAUCCCUCUCUAUAA